AUGAGUAGCUUAACGUGGCUAUUUUUAAUAUUUUUUGUCGGUACGACUUCAGCUGGCACUCAUGUAAACAUUUCCAUAUCUGAAGACCAACACGGUCAUAGUACCGGCGAUCAAUAUCUCGUUGCAAACAAGCAAAAAUCGGCCAAGUUUAAAACUAAUGGAAUGAUCGGCGAGUUACGCGAUGAUUGCGAUGAUCGUCGAAUUUCAAAUCAAAUGCAAAUUGAAAAUCAUAAUCCAAAAACAUAUGCUCCCAAAGAGUAUUCGGCUCGUUUACAAAGCGCAUCCAAUCAAACUGCACAGCAUACAACAUCGGCGCCAACAUAUCUUCCUAGAUUUCCAGCACGUACAUCUCCCGCAAGUGUAGGUCACCACACGAAAAAUAACGUCGAAUUCGAAUAUUUUAUGCAAAAUCAUUAUAGGAAACCAACUGUCAAUACGGUUUUCGAAUCGAAUGAAGCAACAUCGGGACGCACAUCACAAAAUACGGGAAUUUCGCAGUCAGAAGUUGCGAUGGGAAAUAGAAAAAUGGUUCAGUUUGAACGUCAACAAGCAUUACCUGGCAGUGAAGUGAAUGAAGAAGUGAGUGAAGAAGAUCAAAAUGUAGACGAACAACCGAUUCAGGAAUCUGAAGCCCUUACUGAGGACGAUGAAGCAGAAGAUAAUGAAACAAAUGAGGGCGAACCUUAUAGUCCCGGCUCUGAUACGGUCCAUAAUCCCAUUUCGGAGACAUCAAGUAACGAGGAUGAGAGUUAUUUUAAUAAUUCUCCAGCUCCUUUAUCUGAGAAUGAUGCAUCUGGCUAUGAAGACUCUGCGGCAAGCUAUAUGUCACCUGCUCACGAAAGACCGAUGGUAACCAAAACGAUACAAAUCGCUCAGCCGGCCAUUAAAGCGAAAACGUUUGAAGUCCACUUACCGGCCAUACAAAAGGAAUUCUAUGAUAUUGAAGAACGAGUGGUUAUUAAGCCGGCCGGUACUAUUGUCGUCGAAUUAGAAAGACCGAUCGCUAAAAUACCGAAAGGUGAGACAAUUUUGCCUUUAGGUCAUCCGCAUCCAGCUGUUGCAGGAGCCUAUCAGCCUGAUGGCAAAACGCGAGCAUCCAGCAAUGUUAUAUACAGCUCUGCAGGAAGUCCACCAUCGGCUUCAAACCACCAUCACCAGCACGUUGCUACUCAUGAGCGUCAAAUUGUCAAAAGUUCAACGCCCGGCUCGUCUAUUACGGUCGCACCCGGCUACGAUCAAAAUAGCAAAAAACAAGUAAUCGAUAAUAGUUUUCGAAAACCUAGUCAUGCUGUGUCAUCCCAAUUAAAAGUAAUAGGAUCGAAAAGUAAUACAGCCGUUAAUCGGCUCCAAGCGCCGUCAGCUUCGAGACCGCCUACGCUCGGUCGCUUGACAAAUGCGCCUGAAAAUUCGAUUUUGCCGGAGCAACAAUCGUCAGAUGGUGAUGGGAUUUUCUUCGAAGCUGAAUACAUUGAUGAAGAGGAGAUAAACAGCGCGAAAGGGCCGAAACCAGCGCGGGUACAGGAAGCAUACACACAGAAAAUGGCAGCAGUAAAGGAAGAACAGCCGAUUAUUAAACAUGAACACAACAUUCACUUAGCACCAAGUCAACAUAAUAUUUACCUGACACGUAAAAUGGAAUCAUCCCAAGUGAAGUUCAUGCAACCAAAAGUAAACAUGGAAGAGUAUGAAGAGCCCGCCCAUGUCCAAGAAGUUAAAGCGCAACUUUACAAAACUAAGAGACCAGUAGUUGUUUACGCCUCGGCAGAACAAGAACCAAUUUACCAAGAAAAGGUACAUCAGCCGAUUGAUCAACGGAGCCACGUCGAAUCGAAGCAAGAUUAUGAGAAACUGAGUCGGGUUCAAUACAGUACUCCUUACGCGAAAAUGCGUUAUCAUCCAGAGGAUAAGCAAUACUACACACAAGUUAAAAAAACUGAUGAUACAAACAAUUAUAACGAAAAUGCUGUCUCUCCAGGUCCGCUGGCGCCUGAUGAGCAUAUGCACGCGAGUAAAGGAGAAAAAAACCAGAAACCUUAUGCACUAGAUGAAGGAGAAAUGUCUCAAACACGCAUAGCCAUUACGAUACCCUCGGGUAACGCAACACCAAAGGAAAAAAGCAAACCAAUUUUCAUUAGUUCAACUGUGCGGCCAAAAACGUAUGAGAGUCGUGAAGAUGUUCCGGAUCUAAAAAUUUCCAUAAGUCACGAGGCAAAUCCUAAAGAAUUUGGUCAUAAUGCGAACAACUUCAACAAUCAUACGCGUUAUAACGAACGUAACCACAGCAACAGUAAUCACGCCCAUAAAGAACGUUUAGCUCACUUGAAACUUGAAACUGAUUGUAUUCAGGAACAUAAGAUUGUGAAUACGGGACGGAACGAAUACAAUUUACAAAAAUCAUCGCAGCUACAAAAGAAAAAUCCAAACGAAGAACAGAAAUUUAUGCGUCUCGUUGAACGGCCUCGGCCAGUUGGUCAAGUCAGAAAAACAGCCAACUAUGAAGAGAGUAAUGAUGAAAAUGCUGCAGCACAUCCACCGAAUGUCGAUAUAUUUCCUAAAAGCACUAAUGGUCACGUAGCUGCUGGCAAAGGGUCUCGGGUGAUUGCUGCCACUCCAGCUCCGAAAGAUCCGUCUUUAGCUAGCGAAAGUUUUCAUACACGUCGCAUAGUCGUCAAUCAUCCAUUUCAAACGGUACGGGAGAUAGUUGAGCACGAGCCUUAUACCAAUUAUCAUGAGGUGCAAAUUCAAGAGCCCGCCACUCCAGAAUUCUUCCAAUCUGCAGACUAUUUCCAGCCGAGCGGAGCUUUGCGUCAAUCACAUUCACCCUCCAGCACCGUAAGAUCGGUACCAAUGUAUUAUCAUUAA